UGGUCUGGUCUUUCAUUUCACUAUCAGUGAUGAAACCUAUUAUGUUUUAUAUGGAAACCAUCAGCCUUAAAACAUUCAACUUGGCCUCUUAGUAUUCACAAGGAAAAUGGAUAUCUUCUUUAUCAUCUUCACUUUCACAGCGACCCCAUUUCUUCUUUUCGUUUUAACCUUCUUGUAUGUCAUGCUCAAGGUCUAUACUGGCAAAUCUAUCAAUAACCCAGACUAUGCACCAGUAAUCGGCACAGUAUUUGGGCAGCUCUUUUACUUCAGCUACCUUUAUGACCACCAAGCUGAAUUGGCCAAAACCCACAAGACUUUUAGGCUUCUUGGUCCUGAAGAGAGCGAAUUAUACACGACUGAUGUAAGAAACAUCGAGCACGUGCUAAAGACGAAUUUUGAUAAAUACUCCAAAGGGAAGUAUAAUCAAGAUAUUUUGACUGAUCUUUUUGGUGAAGGUAUAUUUGCUGUUGAUGGAGAUAAGUGGAGGCAACAAAGAAAGCUUGCUAGCUUCGAGUUUUCCGCUAGAGUUCUUAGAGAAUUUAGCUGUUCUGUUUUCAGAACAAAUACUGCCAAACUGGUUAGAGUCAUGUCCAAGGUUGCGGUUCCUGACAAGGUUUUUGAUAUGCAAGAUAUACUUAUGAGAUGCACUUUAGAUUCUAUUUUCAAAGUUGGAUUUGGAGUGGAAUUAAAUUGCUUGGAGGGAUCGAGCAAAAAAGAAACUGCUUUUACGAGAGCUUUUGAUGACUCGAAUGAGUUGGUCUACUGGCGCUAUGUGGAUCCAUUUUGGAAACUCAAAAGGUUUUUCAAUGUUGGGUGUGAAGCUUCACUUAGGAAGAACAUCAAAACCAUUGAUGAAUUUGUCAGCAACCUUAUCGGUACCAGAAGGAAGCUGCUCGCGGAGCAACGGUACCAGGAGGACAUACUUUCAAGAUUUUUGACAGAGAGUGAGAAGGACCCAGAGAAAAUGAAUGAUAAGUACUUGAGGGAUAUCAUUCUGAAUUUUAUGCUUGCUGGCAAAGAUUCUAGUGCAAAUACUCUCUCCUGGUUCUUCUAUAUGCUUUGCAAAAACCCUAUAGUUCAGGAAAAAGUCGCGCAAGAAGUGACACAGGUAACAGGAAGUCAAGAUAGUACUAUUGACGUGGAAGAUUUCAUGGCAAAAAUAACAGAUACAGUACUUGAGAAAAUGCAUUAUCUUCACGCGACAUUGACAGAGACCCUGAGGCUAUACCCUGCAGUGCCUGUGGAUGGAAGAUGUGCAGAAGUGGAUGAUGUCCUUCCUGAUGGCUUCAGGAUGAAAAAGGGAGAUGGGUUAUACUAUAUGGCUUAUGCUAUGGGCAGGAUGCGUUAUAUUUGGGGAGAGGACGCUGAGGAAUUCCGGCCAGAAAGAUGGCUCAACAACGGAAUUUUCCAACCUGAAUCGCCUUUCAAAUUCAUAGCAUUUCAUGCUGGUCCUCGCACAUGUUUGGGGAAAGACUUUGCUUACCGGCAGAUGAAGAUAGUAUCGAUGGCCCUUCUUCGAUUCUUCCGAUUCAAAUUGGAUGAUGAUACAAGAAAAGUAACUUACAGGACUAUGUUUACCCUUCACAUUAACGGAGGUCUCUAUCUUCGUGCAAUACCAAGGACAGCAAGCUCAUGAAUUUCUUAUCAUCACUGGUGAACUCUGUUUGGUGUAAUGACUGUUACAAUUAGCAAAUGUUUACUGCAUAAUCAUAACAAAUGCUGAUCAAAUUUGCAAAGUAAGCUUCUCUCCGAUGGCAGAGGAAGCUUACGAAAAAAGUCAAAUACUACAAAAGUAUCUGUUUGGUAAAAAUGACUGUUCUUCUCCUUUUA